AUGGCGUCAGGCGGCUUUACGCCGUCACAGAACUCAACGAGGUCGCACAAGAUGGCGGCGGGCGGGAUGAUGCACGCGCAGAGUUCACCACACGGGACUAGGUUCUCCACUUUCGUCCACUUGUUCUGUUUCCUGUGGGCCUUGUUCUCACUCUCUCAGAAUGUGGGCCUGCCCCACUCCCUCCGCAGGGAGAGCGAGAACACCUACGGCGGCCGCUGGAAAUACCUGACCUUCAUCAACCAGAUUCUGCAAACUCUAUUGUUUGGAAUAUGUGUCAUACUUGACUUUGCUUGUGUGUUCAUCCCUGCCAAAAAGAACCAUGUGUCAUCCCGAUUGUUGCCUCCAAGAGACUUCCUCUUCUCAGUGCUAGUAUUCCCUGUUGGCUUAUUUGUAGCUGUUACUUUUUGGACCCUUUAUGCAUAUGACAGAGAAUUGGUUUACCCUAAAGAACUGGAUGAGACUACUCCAUCCUGGCUUAAUCAUACUAUGCAUACCACUAUACUGCCACUACUUCUUGUUGAGCUGGUUACAUGUCCACAUAAGUAUCUUUCUAAAUUGAGGGGAAUGAUAGGACUUAGCAUCUUUGGUACUUCAUACCUCACAUGGGUACUAUGGGUAAAUUAUGCAUCAGGGAUUUGGGCAUACCCAAUUUUAGAAGUACUAGGCAUACCUGGAAAGGCGGUACUUUUUACCAUUUCCUACCUUGUAAUGGUAGGAUUCUACUUACUUGGAGAGCAUCUAACACAGAUAUUAUGGGGUGACUUUCAAAAAUGUAAGAAGUAAGCAUAGAGAGGAAGCUGAAAAUAGGUCACACAAAGUGCGAGUUUCGUUUAUGAACAUACUGCAUUUUUAAAUCGAGAUGCCAACAUGCACUGUUUUGAAAUAUGCUCAGUCAUCUCUCAAGUAUAUUGU